UGAAAACGAAUGAAGUAAAUGUAUCGCUCAGUGUGAACGGAUUUUAAUAAUAUGAAUUGCGCGCGCAUGUUUAAUGGCGACAGAAUCGUGCGUCCACUCGUUAAAGUGUAAAAAUUGCUCCAAUUUUCAAACGUUUACGUUAAGUUUCAGUGAUAAGCCAAUUUGUUUCUUUCACCAUAAGUGCAAUCAAACAAUUGAAUUUGAUUCCGUUACCAGGGUUUUAUACAACCAGCAAGACGAAGCUCAAAAUGCCAUUGGGCAACCACGCUGCCCUUACUCCUUUGGAAGAUAUGUCAGCGGGGAGAGGUCAAACGGGUGGAGGGCCUCUUCAAAACUGUCAAAAAGUUUUUAUACAACGAGAUUAUAGCGAAGGUACAAUGGUUAAAUUUCAAACACAGUUUCCUACAGAAUUGGAAAGCAGACUGGACAGACAGUCGUUCGAGCAUACAAUCAAUCAGUUGAACAAUUACUUUGCGGAAGCAGAACGCGCCAGUUGUUCAACUUUCUGUGAGGGCUGCCUUGCUUGCCUUACUGGUUAUCUAAUCUUUAUAUGCACUGAAACACAUUACGAGAAGUGCUUGCGAAAGGUCGCAAAAUUUGUUUGUGAACAAAAUGAUAGAGUUUACAAGCCGCGUGGAUUAUUGUUAACAGAUCCAACGACCCGUGGCCUCAGGCUAAUAGAAAUCUCUGUAUUAGACAGACCUGCAUCGUGACUGCAUGUUAGCCGAUCUACGGAAUUCUUCAUGUGACCCGCGCAUUUCUGCCGCAUUGCCAGAAUUAACGACCUACAUGCGCUGAUGGAAGUCUUUGGACACAAUUAUGCUGCGCUCUGAUUAAUUCAAGUUGGUCGUGCAUAAUUAAUUUUUCAUAUAAAAGAAAAAAGAAAAAAAAGAAAAUACUAGCAAGAUUUUAAAAUACACCUUGCACAAUUAUUGUAAUGAAAAAUUCAUGUGCAAUAAGGUUUAGCUCUCUUUCGAGUCUAACUGUGUACUUAGGUUUAUCGAACAUAAGUAUAUAUCAAAUGGACGAAUUACUGCUUCUAAGUUAUGAAGCACAAGAGUCUUUACGUUUACUCGAAAAAUCAAAGUAUUCGCUAAGUAUAUUUAUACUUGGAAAGAAGUGAAAUUUGAAGAAACAUUUUCUUAGAGCUUAUGAUUCAAUGUAAAACAAACAAAUUUUUUAAUAUUCGUUGAUUUUUUUUUAAUUUAUUUUUUGUUGUUUUUUUUUUUCUUUUUUAUUUUUUUAAAUACGUAGUUUCUCCUUUUUAUGGCAAGAAAUUCAUGUGUGAAAAUUUAUUUUACGUUUUACGAUAAAUGAAUGAAAAAGAACAUAUGGAUAUAAAUCGCGAAGCAAUCUAUAAGACUAAACAAGAAUCAUUUAACUUCUUACAAUCAUACAUUAGAAGACCAUAUAAAACGGAUCAUAAAUGAUUAACAUAUCCCGUUUUGUGUAUCAUUUAGCAUAUAGAGCUGGUUACAGACUGCAUUUAUUCGAUGAUAUAUUCAUGAAUGCAAUCUACACUCUAAUCUGUGUUUAUAGUAAAUUAAAUUAACCACAGAUUUUAGACGUUUGAAUUUCAUUUUGAAUAUUUUUUAUCGAUUACUGUCAAAGGACUUUGACUUUAUACGUUCCAAGCUUUAUAUGCAUUAUAAGUGGAGCUCUAAGUUUUUCCUCUACAAGGAGAUAUAUAUCUUCCAUAAAGUAUAAAUCUCUUUAAUUUAUUUUUCUCUCUCCUUUUUUUUGGGAUAAUGAAACAUGCAAGCUGGCUCAUUUUUCAUUAAUUUUUUUUUAAAA